AUGAAAGCGGCAGGAACUUCCUUGAGCACACCUUCGCCAUCUCCUUCUACUGCUGCUACUACUUCGCCUUCGGUUCCCCAAUCGGUUGAGAAACUGAAGCCUGGGGUGCCUGGGAAGGCCCCUGUCCAUGAUGAUGAUGAGGCUGCACACGCUGCCGCGUUGAAGCGUUAUCACAUGGUUGAUGCGCGCUUGCGACGGCUUUGCGAGGUUAAGGCUAGCGGCAAAUGUAAUGUACCACCGGCUAUUCAUCAGGCUUGGAUUAAAGGAGGUAAAUCCCGGGAUGACCUCCGCGUACUGCUGGAGAAGUUCGAUCUUGACAAGGAGAAAUUUGUGAGCCAGGUCACCAAAAUGAUUGAGCGCAAGAACGAGAACUCUGAGAAGGUAAAGUCUGGGUGGUUCACGCCAGAUCAAAUGCGCAAUGAAUUGAAGUGGACGGCGAACGACAAGUACUCGAGCAAGGUUCACAAGUAUUACGUCGAGUUCUCUGACACCGACUACAAGAAGCGGACCUACACCGAGACUGAAACGACAACUACGACUGAGGAGGAGAUGGAAGUGGAGCAAAAGUUUCAGGAUGGCAUGCUCACCAAAAUGUCUAAGAUCACGGACUUGAUCUCGAUGGUUGCCGCCUUGGAGGACAAGAUGUCGCCGGCGCAAGAAGCGUAUGAUACCUUUGUGGAGGUCUCUUGCAGAGAUGCCAUCAGACAAGCACGUGUCACUCGGAAUCCUUCCACGGCAUUGCAGAGGCUUGCACGCGUUCCUUUGAAGAAAUCUGAAAGUGGAGCGCACAGAGUGUUCAAACAGUGUGGCCAGUCACUUGAGAUCAAAAUCUCGAGAGUGGACCUUGUCAGCAAGACUGACUUUCCGUAUGUCCGUUUUUCGAGCUGGCUGAAGUAUUUGGUUGAGUUCGACCAGAUGCAGCAACUUGUGGGGGUCUCUGAUAUCUCUACCAUGAAUAAGGUCCUGAAGAUGUUCUGGAGCCGCUUUCGGGAGUCACAUCCGGAACACAGAAUGUACUCUGCAGAACCUGGCGCUCCACAGCACCCCGAGUUCACAAUCCCUGUGGUGACACACGGGGAUGAGGGGAGAGGAAGGAAGAAGAAGCAACUAAUGGUCCUUUCAACAACUGGAGCUCUUGGCCUGGGAACUUCGCGCUGUCAUAGUGAAGGUCCAGAUGACCAGGCCGAUGUUGAGCAACUUUUGCGUCUGAACCAUUUGGGCAAUACAUCCCUGACCCAUUUCUUGAGCUGCGUUCUCCCGAUUGGGUUAUACAACAAAACUCCAGAAGUGUUGGAUCAGGUUCUAGACUUGCAGGCGCAAGAGUUUGUUGAACUGUUCUAUGAAGGUCUCCUUGUACAAGGCCGCCGGUACUUUGUGGCAGUUCUCGGCUGCAAAGGGGAUGCCCCCUACCUCGGGAAGUGUGGGCACUUCGAGCGAAGCUUUACAAGGAAGCCAACUCGGGCGACCAGCCGCAAGCCUGCAGUGGGCGUGUGCCAUUUGUGCUUAGCUGGCAAAGAGAACUUUGCCUAUGACGUGCCGUUUGAAGAUUUUGGUGUUCUCAAGCCAGCCUGGCUAGAGACAGUUGGUCUGAUUAGGCCUUGGGUCAUGGACCCACCGUAUCAGCAGAUUCCUUUUGAAUCUGAUCACGCUCCGUUCGAAAAGUUCUUUCGGUUCGAUCUCUUUCACAACCUGCACCUCGGCGUGGGUAAGAACUUUGUGAGUAGUGCAGUGUGCAUCAUCCUCGAGAUGUUCCAAGGGUUGACUCUCCCGCAAGCUUUUGAGCGGCUGACUGCAGACUUCAGGGCAUACUGCCAAAGAAAUCAUGAAGCUCCUUACCACAAGACUUUGCAGGGCUCAUUGUUCGGAGUUCAAGGCAGCUUUCAAGAGACCCCAGAGGGGGCUACCGCUACUUCGGCUAUCAACGAGUGUGUGGCCGGCCUCUAUGCAGAAAGCAUCUUCAUUGAGAGUGACAAGGCUGAGCAUGUUGCCCUGCAAGGGCUCCUUUUUCUUCGACGGUAUGCAAAGCUGGCAAAGCUGGCUUUCGAGCGGAAGCAAAACCGCUUCCCUCUUACUGCGAAAGGACAUUUUUUACAUCAUCAAUUCUUGGAACUCCAUUCGCAAUCUAGGUCAUGCCGCUUUUGCGUGAACCCACUGCUGUACGCAAACCAAAUGAGCGAAGACUUUGUGGGGAAGCCGUCAAGGCUUGCCCGCAGAGUCUCGCCCAAAACCACGGAGAUGCGAGUCCUACAAAGGACUUUUUUGUCAAUUAGGAAUGCACUUUGUUCAUCUGCAGGGGGUUGUGGUGGAAAGCUGUGA